AUGCCUGGCCUCACAAUUGGAGACACCGUGCCCGACCUUGAAGUCGAAACCACCCACGGAAAAUUCAAGCUCCACGACUACUUCAACAAUGGCUGGACGAUCAUCUUCUCUCAUCCUUCUGAUUUCACACCCGUGUGCACUACGGAGCUCGGCAAGAUGGCGGCUUACCUGCCGGAGUGAAAACGAGGGGUUAAGCUUCUUGGUUUCUCUUGCGACGAUGAACAGUCACACAAGGAGUGGAUCAAAGACGUUGAAGCUUAUACUCCUGGGUGCAAGGUGACAUACCCGAUCGUGGCAGAUCCCAGCAGAGACAUCAUCAAGCAACUUAACAUGGUGGACCCGAAUGAAAGAGACUCGUAUGGGAACCAGCUCCCUUCUCGAGCUAUGCAUAUUGUGGGAUCCGACAACAAGAUCAAGCUGAGCUUUCUGUAUCCAGCAACGACGGGGCGUAACAUGGAUGAAGUGUUGAGGGCUGUGGACUCGCUACUUAAGGCAUCCAAGUACAAGGUUGCGACGCCGGCGAACUGGAAACAAGGUGAUCCGGUGGUGAUUUCGCCUAAUGUAAGCAACGAGGAAGCGAAACAAAUGUUCCCUCAUGGUUUCGAGACCAAAAAUCUUCCGUCGGGGAAGGAAUACCUGCGCUUCACUAAUGUCUGAGUAGUAAGUACUAAAAACCAGUUCAAGCCAUAAACAUGUAUAU